CUAAAACACUAUUGUUAUGUUAUGUUAUAUUUGUAUAAUUGUGUCGUUGUUUCACGUCGGACCUUUUACAGAGGUUACUCUCGCCUGCAGACUUCCGGUGUGCCAAAAUACCGCUGCGCAUACAUCAGGCGGUGGAGAGUGGACGCUGAUGGGGGACGAAAAGGAGACCUGGAAAGUAAAAACUCUUGACGAAAUCCUACAGGAGAAAAAACGCAGAAGAGAAUUAGAAGAGAAAACGGAUCCCAAGCGCCAGAAAGAUUUCACACAGAGCCUCGUUCCACAGUCGGAUGAUCGGGAAGCCAAACGAGAUACUCCGGAGGAAGGAGAACUACGGGAUCAAAAGAUGGAAAUAACAAUUCGUAAUUCCCCGUACACACGGGAGGACUCGACAGAGGACAGGGCCGAGGAAGAUGAAUCAUUAGCCAUCAAGCCUCCACAGCAGAUAGCCAGAAAAGACAAGUCUCAUCACAGAAAGGAGGAGAAGAGAAAAGAUAAAAGACGUCAUCGCAGUAACUCCGCAGAAGGAGCAGUGAAACAAGUGCGACCCAAAGACAAAGAAAAAGAGCGAGAGAAUGAGCGCAGGAAGCGUCAGUGGGAGGAAGACAAAGCCCGGCGAGACUGGGAGAGGCAGAAACGGAGAGAACAGGCCAGAGCUCAUUCACGCAGAGAAAGACCCCGAUUGGAUUCUCCUGGGUUUUUUUUGGACCACAGGGACCGGCUGGAACAGGUGGAGCGCCAGCGCGAACGAGACCGAAAGCUGCGUGAACAGCAGAAAGAGCAACGUGAGCUGAAGGAGCGGGAAAGGAGGGCCGAGGAGCGGCGCAAAGAGCGAGGUGGCCGACGAGAAGUGCCGUCUCACCAUCGGAUGCUACCGGAUGAGUAUGGUGACAAGCCAAAACAAAGCCACCACAGCCGGAGUCCCACCCGCAUUCCCCGGGACAGAUCUGACCUCAGCGAACCACGGAAAAGUGCACCGUCGAAGGAGGAGAAGCCAGAGGACAAAGACCUGCUAGCAGACCUCCAGGACAUCAGUGACAGCGAAAGGAAGACCAGCUCAGGAGAAUCCUCCAUCGCCUCGGGAUCAGGCUCAGACGAAGAGGAUGACGACGAGGAGGAGUCCAGCAGCCAGAGCGAGGGGGAAGAAGAGGAAGAGGGGUCCGUUUCAGGCUCGGGAAGGUCGGAGCAGAGCGCAGAGGACGUGAGCGAGGCCGAGCAGUCAGUGGAGGAAUUUGAGGACGAGAGAGAAAAUGGAAAUCACAUACCUGCAGUGCCAGAGUCCCGCUUUGAUCACGACUCCGAGGAGAGCGGCGAGGACAUGGACAUGGAGGGGGAAGAGGAAGAGAAUGAGGAAGAGGAGGAGGAAGAGGAGGAUGACGCAGGAGAGGGUGACCCCACCCCUCAGUCUCAAACUCAUUCUCGCUCCCCGACCCCCGAAGAAAAUUACAUCCCGGAUUCCCCCCCAAUUUCACCCGUGGAGCUGAAGAAGGAGCUGCCCAAGUAUCUGCCUGCUCUGCAGGGUUGUCGCAGUGUUGAGGAAUUCCAGUGCCUGAACCGAAUAGAAGAGGGGACCUACGGUGUGGUGUACAGAGCCAAGGACAAAAAGACGGAUGAAAUUGUGGCCUUAAAGAGGUUGAAGAUGGAGAAGGAGAAGGAGGGCUUCCCCAUCACCUCUUUGAGAGAAAUCAACACAAUCCUGAAAGCUCAGCACCCAAACAUCGUCACAGUGAGGGAAAUAGUUGUUGGAAGUAACAUGGACAAGAUCUACAUUGUGAUGAACUAUGUGGAGCAUGACCUGAAGAGUCUGAUGGAAACCAUGAAGCAGCCCUUCCUGCCAGGGGAAGUAAAGACACUGAUGAUUCAGCUGCUGCGAGGUGUCCGACAUCUCCACGACAACUGGAUUCUCCAUCGCGAUCUAAAGACGUCCAACCUGCUGCUGAGCCACAAGGGUAUCCUCAAGAUUGGCGACUUUGGUUUGGCACGGGAGUACGGCUCCCCCCUGAAGCCCUACACCCCUGUCGUGGUGACCCUGUGGUACCGAUCACCAGAGCUGUUGCUCGGAGCCAAGGAGUACUCCACAGCUGUGGACAUGUGGUCAGUGGGCUGCAUAUUUGGCGAGCUCCUCACCCAGAAGCCUCUUUUCCCUGGAAAAUCUGAAAUCGACCAAAUUAACAAGGUUUUUAAGGACCUGGGGUCACCCAGCGAGAAGAUCUGGCCCGGUUACAACGAGAUGCCCGCUGUGAAGAAGAUGACUUUCACAGAGUAUCCCUACAACCACCUGCGGAAGCGCUUCGGGGCGCUGCUCUCCGAUCAAGGCUUUGACCUCAUGAACAAAUUCCUCACCUACUGCCCCAGCAAGAGGAUUUUAUCGGACGAGGGGCUCAAGCACGAGUACUUCCGCGAGUCGCCGUUGCCCAUCGACCCGUCCAUGUUCCCCACCUGGCCGGCCAAGAGUGAGCAGCAGAGGGUGAAGAGAGCCACCAGUCCUCGUCCGCCCGAGGGAGGACUGGGCUACAGUCAACUGGGCGGCGACGACGACCUAAAAGACACGGGCUUCCACCUGACGACCAGCAACCAGGGAGCGUCUGCAGUCGGUCCAGGAUUCAGCCUCAAGUUCUGAGCCCAAAGCUGCAGGACGCCUGGCGAUCUCACUGAGGGCGAGAGCCAAGAGAUCUGGGACUUGUUGCUCCUUUUUGGAAUCGGGACGGUGUCACUGGUAUACAGCUAUGAACCAGAUAAAUAUCUGAACAUUUACAACUGUUACCAGGAUAGUCGGGACUGUCUCACAGCAGGACUUGGUGGCUCCAACGUGUUGAAUCUUCAGAAUUGUCGCUUGAUGUCUUUCAAACCGUGUUUUUUUUUUUUUUUUUUUAAUGUGACCAUUCUAGCUUUUUAACUUGACCAUACAUCUGUUAGAAGUGUAGCUCUCAUGUUUGACUUUGUUUUAUUUCCCCUUUUUAUGUCAUGAGUGAGGAGCAGAUUUUCUAAACGGCUGGUAUUUCCUGGCUGCCUGAGCUACUGUAUAAUGAUGCAGCAUUGGCUGUGUUUUCCAUCCAGCAUUAUGCGAGAGGUUUACUUAGGACUGUCAAUGUCCCUUGAUGGCGGGGAGGGGAGGGAACAAUGAUGUUUUUGCAAGAAAUAAAGUUUGAAACUUUG